CCGGCGGCCGGCCCCCACUGCAGCGCCAGCGUGCGAGCGGACGGCUGUGGACUCAGAACCGGGCCGGAGUGCCGAGCGAGCGUCGCGCAGGCAGACAGGCCGCGGCCGCGCCGCCGCCAGCUCCCCCUCCCGCGCCCAGCCAUGCCGUGCGCGGGCCCAGCCUGAGCCGAGGCCUCCGAGGCCGGGCGGGCUCGGGGCCUCGGGACCGGGCCGGGGCCAUGCUUGCACUGCCCUGACGAUGCCGCCCCCCGCGCCCGCCCGCCUGGCGCUCGCCUUGGCCCUGGGCCUGUGGCUCGGGGCGCUGGCGGGGGUCCCCGGGCGCGGCUGCGGACCGUGCGCGCCCCCCUGCCUCUGCGGCCCGGCGCCCGGCGCCGCCUGCCGCGUCAACUGCUCCGGCCGCGGACUGCGGACGCUCGGGCCCGCGCUGCGCAUCCCCGCGGACGCCACAGCGCUAGAUGUCUCCCACAACCUGCUCCGAGCACUGGACGUCAGGCUCCUGGCGAACCUCUCGGCGCUGACGGAGCUGGACAUAAGCAACAACAAGAUUUCUACAUUAGAAGAAGGAAUAUUUGCUAAUUUAUUUAAUUUAAGUGAAAUAAACCUGAGCGGGAACCCGCUGGAGUGUGACUGUGGUCUGGCCUGGCUGCCGCGCUGGGCAGAGGAGCAGCAGGUCCGUGUGGUGCGGCCUGAGGCGGCCACGUGCGCUGGGCCCGGCCCUCUGGCCGGCCGGCCCCUCCUCAGCGGCCCCCUGUUGGACAGCAGCUGUGGUGAGGAGUACGUCGCCUGUGUCCCUGACGACAGCUCGGGCGCCGUGGCGCUGGUGGCUUUCUCAGCUGCCCAUGAGGGCCCGCUGGCCCCCGAGGCCUGCAGUGCCUUCUGCUUCGCGGCUGGCCGGGGCCUCGCGGCCCUCUCAGAGCAGGGCAGGUGCCUGUGCGGGUUGGCCCGGCCUCCCAAUGCCUCUUCGGCCUGCCUACCCUCCUGCUCCAGCCCCCCACUGCCCCCCGCCCCCACCUGCCGGGGGCCCACCCUCCUCCAGAACAUCUUCCCUGCCUCCCCAGGGGCUGCCCUGGUGGGGCCCCAAGGACCUCUGGCCUCUGGCCAGCCCGCAGCCUUCCACGUCACUGCCUCACUGCCAGUCAGCUCCACGCGCUGGGACUUCGGCGACGGCUCCCCUGAGGUGGACAUUGCUGGCCCGGAUGCCACUCACCACUAUGUGCUGCCUGGGCGCUAUCCCGUGACGGCCGUGCUGGCCCUGGGGGUCGGCUCUGCUCGGCUCUGGGCAGAGGUGUGGGUGGAGGCGGCUCCUGUAGCCCUGGAGCUCAUGUGUCUGGCCUCUGUGCAUAGCGACGAGACCCUGAAGCUUGGCGUCCGAAACCGUGGCGGCUCUGGCCUCGAGGCCACCUACAGCAUUGUGGCCCUGGGCGAGGAGCCAGCCCGAGUGGUGCAUCCGCUCUGCCCCUCGGACACUGAGAUCUUCCCUGGUAAUGGGCGCUGCUACCGCCUGGUGGUGGAGAAGGCGGCCUGGCUGCAGGCACAGGAGCAGUGCCGGGCCUGGGCCGGGGCCGCCCUGGCUAUGGUGGACAGUCCUGCCGUCCAGCACUUCCUGGUCUCCCGCGUCACCAGGAGCCUGGACGUGUGGAUCGGCUUCUCGGCUGUGGAGGGGGUAGAGGUGGGCCCAGCGCCGCAGGGUGAGGCCUUCAGCCUGGAGAGCUGCCAGAACUGGCUGCCUGGGGAGCCGCACCCUGCCACAGCUGAGCGCUGCGUGCGGCUCGGGCCUGCUGGGCAGUGCAACACAGACCUGUGCUCGGCACCGCACAGUUACGUCUGUGAGCUGCGGCCCGGAGGCCCUGUGUGGGACGCAGAGAACUUCCUCGUGGGAGCACCCAGUGGGGACCUGCAGGGGCCCCUGAGCCCCCUGGUGCAGCAGGAGGCCCUCACAGCCCCCCGGGAGCCCGUUGAGGUGAUGGUGUUUCCUGGCUUGAGCCCGAGCCGUGAAGCCUUCCUCACUGCUGCCGAGUUCGGGACCCCGGAGCUCGGCGGGCCUGCCCAGCUGCGGCUGCAGGUGUAUCGAGCCAUGCGAGGAACAGGGGCCCCAGGAAACAGCAGCGAGCCCCAGAGUAGGUCCCUGGAAAACAGGACUGAGCCCAUCCCUACAUGCACACCAGAAGGACACCCGUGCCCCAGAUCCAACAUCUGCCUGCCUCUGGACACCCCCUGCCACCUUCGGGCCUGUGCCAACGGAUCCACAUCAGGGCUGGGGCUCCCUGGGGUCUCCUAUGCAUUGUGGAAAGAGUUCCUCUUCUCUGUGCCUGCGGGCGCCCCCGCCCAGUACUCGGUCACCUUCCACGACCAGGACAGCCCCCUGCUCCCUGGUGACCUCAUCAGCUUGCAGCACGAUGCCGGACCGGGUGCCCUCCUGCGUUGCCCCCCAGCACUCGGCAUCCCUGGCUCCGAGGCCCCGUACUUCUCCACCAACGUCUCAGCCUGGCUGGCCCACCUGCCUGCCAAGCUGGAGGCGGCCCCGGCUGGCCCUGCCUGUGCCCUGCGGCUGCUUGUUGCCACAGAGCGGCUCACCCCUCUGCUGGGCCUGAGCCCCAACCCAGGGCUGCGGCGGCCGGGGCGCUAUGAGGUCAGGGCCACAGUGGGCAACAGCGUGUCCAGGCACAACCUGUCCUGCAGCUUCAACGUGUUCUCCCCGGUGGCAGGGCUUCGGGCCAUCUACCCGGCCCCCUACGACGGCCGCCUCUACAUGCCCACCAACGGCUCGGCCUUGGUGCUCCAGGUGGACUCCGGCACCAACGCCACGGCCACUGCACGCUGGCCUGGGGGCAACGUCAGUGCGCCCUUCGAGGCUGCCUGCCCUGCCACUGUGGCUGCCCUGGUGCCUGGCUGUGCCCACGAGGCCAAUAGCACCCUGUUCUCAGUGCUGGCACUGCCCGGGCUCAGCGAGGGCGAGCACGAUGUGGAGGUUGUGGUGGAGAACGGUGCUGGCCGGGCCAACCUCAGCCUGCGGGUGAAGGCUGAGGAGCCCAUCCGAGGUCUCCGCGCCACGCCCAGCCCUGAGGCCCGAGUGCUGCAGGGUGUCCUGGUGAGGUACAGCCCCGUGGUGGAGGCUGGCUCGGAUGUGGUCUUCCGCUGGACCAUUGAUGACAAGCAGUCCCUGACCUUCCACAAUGUGGUCUUCAACGUCAUCUACCAGAGCGCCGCCGUCUUCAAGCUCUCGCUGACGGCCUCCAACCACGUGAGCAACGUCACCGUGAACUACAACGUCACCGUCGAGCGGAUGCACAGGAUGCGGGGCCUGCGGGUGUCUGCGGUGCCGCCCGUGCUGCCCCCCAAUGCCACGCUGGCGCUGGCGGCUGAUGUGCUGGUGGACUCGGCCAUGGAGGUGGCCUUUCUGUGGACCUUCGGGGAUGGGGAGCAGGUGAUCGGCCAGUUCAAGCCUCCAUACAACGAGUCCUUCCAGGUCCCAGACCCCACAGUGGCCCAGGUGCUGGUGGAGCACAACAUCACACAUACCUACACUGUCCCAGGUGAAUACAACCUGACCCUGCUCGUGUCCAGUACCUUCGAGAACCUGACGCAGCAGGUGCCUGUGAGUGUGCGCGCCACCCUGCCUGCCGUGGCCGUGGCUGCGGGCAGCCGGGUCCUGGUGGCUGGCUGGCCUGUCACCUUCUUCCCGCACCCGCUUCCCUCGCCUGGGGGUGUCCUGUACACGUGGGAUUUCGGGGAUGGCUCCCCAGAUGUAAUACAGCCCCAGCCAGAGGUCAACCACACGUUCGCCUCGAGGGGCGCAUACCACAUCCGACUGGAGGUCAACAACACGGUGAGUAGUACAGUGGCGAGCAUCAGCGUCCGUGUCUUCGAGGAGCUCCGUGGCCUGACCGUGAGCCUGAGCCCGGCCGUGGAGCAGGGUGCACCCGUGGUGGUCAGCGCCACCCUGGAUUCGGGCGACAACGUCACAUGGACUUUCGACAUGGGGGACGGCACAGUGCUCAUGGGCCCUGAGGCCACAGUAGAGCACGUGUACCUGCGGGCGCAGAACUGCACAGUGACCGUGGGCGCGUCCAGCCCCACUGGAAACCUGGCCCGGAGCCUGCCCAUACAGGUCUUCGUCCUGGAGGUGCUGUGGAUCGACCCUACAGCCUGCAUCCCCACCCAGCCCCACGCCCAGCUCACAGCCCACGUCACUGGGAACCCUACCAACUACAUCUUCGACUGGACCUUCGGGGAUGGCUCGUCCAACACAACCGUCCGGGGGGACCCGACAGUGAUGCACAAUUUCACACGUAGCGGUACAUUCCCCCUGGCGCUGGUCCUGUCGAGCCACGUGAAUAAGGCGCAUUACUUCAGCAGCAUCUGCGUGGAGCCCGAGGUGGGCAACAUCACCAUGUGGCCCGAGAGGCAGUUCGUGCGGGUCGGGGACGCAGCCCGGCUAGUUGCCUGUGCCUGGCCCCCAUUCCCCUACCGCUACACCUGGGACUUUGGCACUGAGGAUGCCGCUGCCCGCGUCGGGGGCCCCGAGGGCACAUUCACCUACUGGGACUCAGGUUCCUACCUGGUGACCGUCACCGUGUCCAACAACAUCUCAGCUGCCAACGACUCGGCACUCGUGGAGGUGCAGGAGCCCGUGGAUCUCACAGGCAUCAGGGUCAAUGGCUCCCAUGUGCUGGAGCUGCAGCAGCCCUACCUGUUCUCUGCUGUGGGACGUGGGCACCCCGCCACCUACCUGUGGGAGCUGGGGGAUGGCGGGCGGCUCCAGGGCCCUGCGGUCACCCACGCCUACAGCAGCACGGGCUGCUUCCCCGUCAGGGUGUCUGGCUGGAACGAGGUGAGCCGUGGGGAGGCCCAGCUGAAUGUCACCGUGCAGCGGCGUGUGCGGGGGCUCAGUGUCAACGCCAGCCGCACGGUGGUACCCCUGAACGGCAGCGUGAGCUUCAGCACCUCCCUGGAGGCGGGCAGUGACGUGCAUUACUCCUGGGUCCUCUGUGACCGCUGCACGCCCAUCCCUGGGGGCCCCACCAUCUCCUACACCUUCCGGUCUGUUGGCACCUUCAACAUCAUUGUCACGGCUGAGAAUGAGGUGGGCGCCGCCCAGGACAACAUCUUCAUCUAUGUCCUGCAGCACAUCGAGGGGCUGCAGGUGGCGGGCGGUGGCAGUAGCUGCUGCUUCCCCACCAACCGCACGCUGCAGCUGCAGGCCGCAGUCAGGGAUGGUACCAACAUCUCCUACAGCUGGACCGCUCAGCGGGACAGUGGCCUGGCCCUGGCUGGCAGCGGCAAAACCUUCUCACUCACCGUGCUCGAGGCUGGCACCUACCACGUCCAGCUGCGGGCCACCAACAUGCUGGGCAGCGCCUCGGCCAAUCGCACCGUGAACUUCGUGGAGCCUGUGGGGUGGCUGGCCGCCACUGCCUCCCCAAACCCGGUGGCUGUCAAUGCAAGUGUCGCCCUCCGCGCUGAGCUGGCUGGUGGCAGUGGCGUCACUUACACCUGGUCCCUGGAGGAAGGGCUGGGCUGGGAGACCCCAGAGCCAUCCACCGCCCACACCUUUCCCAGCCCCGGCCUGUACCUAGUCACAGUCAUGGCCAAGAACCAACUGGGCUCAGCCAACGCCAGCAUUGAGGUGGCUGUGCAGGUGCCUGUCAGUGGCCUCAGCAUCAGGGCUGGUGAACUGGACUGCAGCUUUGUGGUGGCCAGUUCCACCGUGCCUUUCUGGGGGCAGCUGGCCUCGGGCACCAACGUGAGCUGGUGCUGGGCCGUGCCAGGUGGCAGCAGGCAUGGCCAACACAUCGCCGUGGUCCUCCCCGACGCCGGCACCUUUUCCAUUCAGCUCAAUGCCUCCAACGCAGUCAGCUGGGUCGUGGCCACACACAACCUCACGGUGGAGGAGCCCAUCGUGGGCCUGGUGCUAUGGGCCAGCAGGAAGGUGGUGGAGCCCGGGCAGCUGGUUCACUUUCAGAUCCUGCUGGCUGCAGGCUCGGCCGUCAGCUUCCACCUACAGGUCAGUGGGGCUGGCCUCGAGGUGCUCCCCGGGCCCCACUUCUCCCGCAGCUUCCCCCGGCUCGGGGACUACACGGUGAGCAUCCAGGCCGAGAACCACGUAAGCCGGGUGCAGGCGCAGGUGCGUGUCUCAGUGCUGGAGGCCGUGGGUGGGCUCCAGGUGCCCGACUGCUGCGAGCCGGCCAUCGCCACGGGCGCCGAGAGGAACUUCACGGCCCGGGUGCAGCGGGGUUCCCGUGUUGCCUACGCGUGGUACUUCUCGCUGCAGAAGGUUCAGGGAGACUCACUGGUCAUCCUGUCGGGUCGCGACGUCACCUAUACUCCCGUGGCCGCAGGGCUGCUGGAGAUCCACGUGCGAGCCUUCAAUGAGCUGGGCGGCGUAAACCACACGCUCAUGAUUGAUGUCCAGGACGUCAUUCAGCACGUGGCGCUGCGCAGCGGCCGCUGCUUCACCAACCGCUCGGCCCGCUUCGAGGCUGCCACGAGCCCCAGCCCCCGGCGUGUGGCCUAUCACUGGGACUUUGGGGACGGGGCCCUGGCAGAGGACACGGAGGUUCCCUGGGUGGCUCACUCCUACCUGCAGCCUGGGGACUACCGUGUGGAGGUGAACGCCUCCAACCUGGUGAGCUUCUUUGUGGCGCAGACCACGGUCACCGUCCACGUGCUGGCCUGCAGGGAGCCCGAGGUGGAUGUGGCCCUGCCCCCACAGGUACUUAUGCGGCGCUCCCAGCGCAACUACCUGGAGGCCCACAUCGACCUGCGUGACUGCGUCACGUACCAGACUGAGUACCGCUGGGAGGUGUACCGUGCCACCAGCUGCCAGCGGCCUGGGCGCAUGGCCCAGGUGACCCUGCCCAGUGUGGAUGUGAGCCGGCCCCAGCUGGUGGUGCCACGGAUGGUGCUGCCUGUGGGCCACUACUGCUUUGUGUUCGUGGUGUCGUUUGGGGACACACCGCUGGCACGGAGCAUCCAGGCCAAUGUGACAGUGGCCCCUGAGCGCCUGGUGCCCAUUGUCGAGGGUGGCUCCUACCGUGUGUGGUCGGACUCUCAGGACCUGGUGCUGGAUGGGAGCAAGUCCUAUGACCCCAACCUGGAGGACGGUGACCAGACGCCACUCAGCUUCCACUGGGCCUGCGUGGCCUCGACGCAGAGUGAGACUGGCGGGUGUGCGCUGAACUUCGGGCCCCGUGGGAGCAGCGUGGUCACCAUCCCCCGGGAGCGUCUGCAAGCCGGUGUGGAGUAUACCUUCAACCUGACCGUAUGGAAGGCAGGCCGCAAGGAGGAGGUCACCAACCAGACGGUGCUGAUCCGGAGUGGCCGGUUACCCAUCGUGUCCUUGGAGUGUGUGUCCUGCAAGGCGCAGGCGGUGUACGCGGUGAGCCGCAGCUCCUACGUGUACCUGGAGGGCCGCUGUGACAACUGUGGCGGGGGCUCCGAGCACGGGCGCUGGGCCGCGCGCAGCUUUAGCAAUGAGACACUGGUGCUGGAUGAGACAACCACGUCCACGGGCAGUGCGGGCAUGCGGCUGGUGGUGCGGCGCGGUGUGCUACGGGACGGCGAGGGCUACACAUUCACGCUCACGGUGCUGGGCCGCUUGGGCCAGGAGCAGGGCUGCGCCUCCAUCCAUCUUGCCCCGAACCGCCCUCCACUGGGGGGCUCCUGCCGCCUCUUCCCGCUCGAGGCCGUGCGCGCCCUCACCACCAAGGUGCACUUCGAGUGUGUGGGCUGGCAGGACGAGGAGGACGCGGGUGCUCCACUGGUGUAUGCCCUGCUGCUACGGCGCUGUCACCAGGGCCACUGCGAGGAGUUCUGUGUCUACAAGGGCAGCCUCUCCACCUAUGGGGCUGUGCUGCCACCUGGCUUUGCGCCCCACUUUGUGGUGGGCCUGGCUGUGGUUGUGCAGGACCAGCUGGGUGCCGCCGUGGUCGCCCUCAACAGGUCUCUGGCCAUCACCCUGCCAGAGCCCCCCGGAGAGUCCCCCGACGGCCCCCCAGAUCUCACGCCCUGGCUGUACAGCCUCACAGAGAGCACGCUGCCUGGGCUGCUGCGCCAGGCCGACCCCCAGCACGUCAUCGAGUACUCGCUGGCCCUCGUCGCUGUGCUCAAUGAGUACGAGCAGGCCCUGGCCAUGGUGGCAGAGCCAGACCCCAGGCGGCAGCUGCGCGCCCAGAUACGCAAGAACGUCACUGAGACCCUGGUCUCCCUGCGGGUCAACACCGUGGACGACAUCCAGCAGGUUGCAGCCGCCCUAGCCCAGUGCACGGUGUCCAGCUGGGAAUUCGUGUGCCGCUCGUGCCUGAAGAAGACACUGCACAAGCUAGAGAGCAUGAUGCGCAUCCUGCAGGCUGAGACCGCUGCGGGCACUGGGACGCCCACUGCCAUUGCCGACAGCAUCCUCAACAUCACAGGUGACCUCAUCCACCUGGCCAGCUCGGACGUGCAGGGCCCACAGCCCUCGGAGCUGGGGGCAGAGCCGCCGUCACUACUGGUGGCGUCCAGGGCCUACCAGCUCUCAUCGGCCCUCAUGGGUAUCCUCAUGCGCUCCCGUGUGCUCAACGAGGAGCCCCUGACCCUGGCGGGUGAAGAGAUCGUGGCACAGGGCAAGCGCUCGGAUCCACUGAGUCUGCUGUGCCAGGGCGACGCCUCGGGCCCCGGCUGCCACUUCUCCAUCCCCACAGCCUUCAGCGGGGCCCUGUCCAACCUCAGUGAUGUGGUGCAACUCAUCCUCCUCGUCGACUCCAACCCCUUCCCCUUUGGCUACAUCAGCAACUACACUGUCUCCACCAAGGUGGCGUCCAUGGCUUUCCAGACACAGGCCGGCACCCAGAUCCCCAUUGGGCAGCUGGCCUCAGAGCGCGCCAUCACCGUGAAGGUGCCCAACAACUCAGACCAGGCUGCCCUGGGUCACCGCAUCCCUGCUGGCUCCGCCAUCGUCCAGCCCCAGGCCUCAGUCAGUGUCGUGGUCACCCCCGAGAACAGCAACCCUGAGGCCGGGCUUCACCUGCAGCUUACUUUCAUGGUGCUGAACGAGCACUACCUGCCGGAGGAGCCUGAGCCCUACCUGGCUGCCUACCUGCACGCUAUGCCCUGGCCCAACGAGCACAACUGCUCCGCCAGCAGGAGGAUCAGCCUGGAGGUCCUGGCAGGCGACGACCACAGGCCUUACACCUUUUUCAUCGCCCCGGGGACCAGAGAUCUGGGCGCGAGCUACUACCUGAACCUGACCAGCCACUUCCGAUGGUCAGCACUGGAGGUGUCCGUGGGUCUGUACACGUCCCUCUGCCAGUACUUCAGCGAGAAGGAGAUGGCAUGGCGGACGGAGGGCCUCAUGCCCCUAGAGGAGACCUCGCCCAGCCAGGCUGUCUGCCUCACCCGCCACCUCACCGCCUUCGGUGCCAGUCUCUUUGUGCCUCCCAGCCACGUCCACUUCAUCUUCCCCGAGCCAGCCUCAAGCGUGAACUACAUCGUCCUGCUGACGUGCACUGUGUGCCUGGUGACCUACGCGGUCACGGCUGUGAUCCUGCGUAAGCUGGACCAGCUGGACGUCAGCCGGGUCCGCGUCAUCCCGUUCUGCGGGAAGGGGGGUCGCUUCAAGUAUGAGAUCCUGGUCAAGACCGGCUGGGGCCGGGGCUCAGGGACCACAGCUCAUGUGGGCAUCAUGCUGUACGGGGCGGACAGCCGCAGCGGCCACCGGCACCUGGAUGGGGACGGAGCCUUCCACCGCAACAGCCUGGACAUCUUCCAGAUCGCCACCCCACACAGCCUGGGCAGCGUGUGGAAGAUCCGCGUGUGGCAUGACAACAAAGGGCUGAGCCCUGCCUGGUUCCUGCAGCACAUCAUCGUCAGGGACCUGCAGAAUGCCCGCAGCACCUUCUUCCUGGUCAACGAUUGGCUGUCAGUGGAGACGGAGGCCAACGGGGGCCUGGUGGAGAAGGAGGUGCUGGCGGCAAGUGAUGUGGCCCUGCAGCGGUUCCAGCGCCUCCUGGUGGCCGAACUGCAGCGCGGCUUCUUUGACAAACAUGUCUGGCUCUCCAUGUGGGACCGGCCACCUCGGAGCCGCUUUACACGUGUCCAGCGAGCCACGUGCUGCGUCCUCCUCAUCUGCCUCUUCCUGGGUGCCAAUGCCGUGUGGUACGGUGCUGUGGGAGAUGCUACCUACAGUGUGAGGCCCGCGUCCAGUCUGAUCCCACUGAGCAUCGACACCAUCGCCGUCGGCCUGGUGUCCAGCCUGGUUGUCUACCCCGUCUACCUGGCCAUCCUGUUCCUCUUCCGGAUGUCCCGGAGCAAGGUGGCCGGGGGCCCGAGCCCCACACCAGCAGGGCCGCAGGCGCUGGACAUGGACAGCUGCCUGGACUCAUCUGUGCUGGACAGCUCCGUACUUGCCUUCCCAGGACUCGGCGCUGAGGCCUUUGCUGGACAAAUGAAACAUGACUUAUUUGUGGAGGAUUCUAAAAGCCUGGUGUGCUGGCCAUCCAGCGAAGGCACCCUCAGUUGGCCAGACUUGCUGAGUGACCCGUCCGUCAUGGGCAGCACCCUGCAGCGGCUGGCCCGGGGCCGGACGGGCCGCACGCCGGGCCCAGAGGAUGACAGUCUCUCCCUGGUCAGCCCCUCCUCACCUGCCAAAUACUUCUCAGCUUCAGAUGAAGACCUGAUCCAGCAGAUCCUGGCUGAAGGGGCUGGCAGCCUGGCCCCCACCCAGGACACUCAAGGAGAAACAGACCUGCUCGCUGGCCUCUGCCCUCUCUCUGUAGCAGCUCUGGAGCCCGGAAGGUCAGGUCUGGUGGCACCGGGAGAGACAGGCAGCUCGGCAUGUGAAAGACACAUGUGCAGUGCCCCUGGUGAGAGGAAUCAGACGCUGAUGCUGCCAGGGGAGAGGGGGCUGCCCAGCCCAAGCCUGACGUGGGAGCAGCCCCAGCCGGCAGAGCUGUCCAGGACAGGGCUGGUGGAGGGUCUGCGGAAACGACUGCUGCCGGCCUGGUGUGCGCCCCUGGCCCACGGGCUCAGCCUGCUCCUGGUGGCCGUGGCCGUGGGGGUGUCAGGGUGGGUCGGCGCUGGCUUCCCCCCCAGCGUGUCUGUCAUGUGGCUCCUCUCAAGCAGCUCCAGCUUCCUGGCUUCGUUCCUCUGCUGGGAGCCACUCAAGGUCCUGCUGGAAGCUCUGUAUUUCUCACUGGUGGCCAAGCGGCUGCACCCUGAUGAGGAUGAUACGCUGGUGGAAAGCCCGGCCGUGACGCCCGUGAGCGAGCGUGUGCCCCGCGUGCGGCCGCCCCAUGGCUUUGCGCUCUUCCUGGCAAAGGAGGAAGCCCGAAAGGUCAAGCGGCUGCACAGGAUGCUGAGGGGCCUUCUGGUAUACAUGUUCUUCCUGCUGGUGACGCUGCUGGCCAACUAUGGGGACACCUCGUGCCACGACCAUGCCUACCGCCUGCAGAGCGCCAUCAAGCAGGAGCUGGACAGCCAGGCCUUCCUGGCCAUCACCCGGUCUGAUGAGUUCUGGCCGUGGAUGUCCCACGUGCUGCUCCCCUACAUCCACGGGAACCCGUCCAGACCAGAGCUGGGGCCCCCACGACUGCGGCAGGUGCGGCUACAGGAAGCGCUCUGCCCGGACCCGCCUGGCUCAGGGGCCCCUACGUGCUUAGCAGCCUCAGGGGGCUUCAGCACCAGCGACUACGGCAUUGGCUGGGGGAGUGCUGCCCACAACGGCUCUGAGAUGUGGGCCUACUCGGCGCCAGACCUGCUGGGCGUCUGGUACUGGGGCUCCUGCGCCGUGUAUGACAGCGGGGGCUACGUGCAGGAGCUGGGGCCCAGCCUGGAAGAGAGCCGCGCGCAGCUGGGCUUCCUGCAGCUGCACAACUGGAUCGACAACAGGAGCCGUGCAGUGUUCGUGGAGCUCACGCACUACAGCCCGGCGGUGGGGCUGCACGCCGCCGUCACGCUGCGCCUGGAGUUCCCGGCGGCCGGACACGCCGUAGCGGCGCUCAGCGUCCGCCCGUUCGCGCUGCGGCGCCUUAGCGCCGGCCUCUCGCUGCCGCUGCUCACCUCGGUGAGCCUGCUGCUGUUCGCUGUGUACUUCUCUGCGGCUGAGGUGCGCGCCUGGCGCAGGGAGGGGCGUGCGCGCGCCACGCGGCCUGGGACCUGGGCCCGGUGGCUGCUGGUGGCGCUGACAGCGGCCGCAGCACUGGUGCGCCUGGCCCAGCUGGGCGCCGCUGACCGCCAGUGGACCCGCUUCCUGCGCGGCCGCCCGCGCCGCUUUACCAGCUUCGAGCAGGUGGCACAGCUGAGCGCCGUGGCCCGCGGCCUGACCGCCUCGCUGCUCUUCUUGCUUUUGGUCAAGGCUGCCCAGCAGCUGCGCUUUGUGCGCCAGUGGUCGGUUUUCGGCAAGACGCUGUGCCGGGCCCUGCCAGAGCUCAUGGGGGCGGCCUUAGGUCUGGUGGUGCUCGCCGUGGCCUACGCGCAACUGGCUGUCCUGUUGGUCUCCUCCUGCGUGGACUCACUUCGGAGCGCUGCCCGGGCCCUCCUGGUGCUGUGUCCCGAGGCUGGGGGUCCUGCCCUGUGCCCUGCGGAGUCCUGGCGCCUGUCCCCUGUGCUAUGCACGGGGCUCUGGGCCCUGCGGCUGUGGGGUGCCCUGAGGCUGGGGGCAGUCCUCCUGCGGUGGCGGUACCAUGCUCUGCGUGGGGAGCUGUACCGCCCAGCUUGGGAGCCGCAGGACUACGAGAUGGUGGAACUGUUCUUGCGCCGGCUGCGCCUCUGGAUGGGCUUCAGCAAAGUCAAGGAGUUCCGCCACAAAGUCCGCUUUGAAGGGAUGGAGCCCCUGCCCUCCCGCUCAUCCAGGGGCUCCAAGUCUUCUCCGGAUGUGCCCCCACCCAGCGGAGGCUCCGACGCCUCCCGCCCCUCCACCUCCUCCAGCCAGCUGGAUGGGCUGAGCGUGGGCUUGGGCCGGCCAGGGCCCCGAGGGGAGCCCGAACCUGAGCCCUCCCGUCUCCAAGCUGUGUUUGAGGCCCUACUCACCCAGUUUGACCGACUCAACCAGGCCACGGAGGAUGUCUACCAGCUGGAGCAGCGGCUGCAGAGCCUGCAUGGCCGCAGGAGCAGCGGGCCCACAGCCUCACCUCCCCCUAGCCCCUCCCCAGGCCUGAGGCCAGUCCUGCCCAGCCGCCUUGUCCGGGUCAGUGGAGGCGUUGGCUUGGCUAUAGGCCCCAGCAGGGCAUCCCUGCGGGCCAAGAACAAGAUCCACCCCAGCAGCACUUAGUCCCAGGGGAUCUGGGCUCAUGCCUCUUCUCUGGGGUGGGCCUGUGGCUUCACUCUGGCCCCUCAGAGCCAGAGCAGACACCGCUCAGUAUUAUUACCUUCUGCCACCCUCGAGGUUUCAGGCCAGGCAGAACAGCUGCACGCAGGUCCCCCAGAGAGCAGGCAGCACUUGUGUCUCUCUGUGGGCUUCAGCACUUUAAAGAGGCCGCGUGGCCAGCUAGGACCCAGGGUCCCCUCCCCAGUUCCCUGUGGGAGGACACAACAGUAUUGGACUGAGUGCCCGGCCUCUGAGAUGCUAAUUUAUUUCCCAAGUCCUCAGGUACAGCGGGCUGUGCCCGGCCCCACCUCCUGGGCAGACAUCAUCUCCCCCUUGCUACUCCCCCUUGCUAAGGAUCCAGGCUAUGGGGGAUGGAACCUGCACUUCCUGUCAUCCUCCCCCCCUAAAUUAUUACCUCCUCUGUCCCCCUGCUGAGUGCAUUCACCUCCAGCUGCCGCUUCCCCGGCUGCCGCUGUGUGUCUAUUGUCUGUCAGUAAUUUAUGUGGGGUUAAAAUGUAUAUAUUUUUGUACGUCGCUUUUAUUUUUCAAUAGGGCCAAGGGGCCUGGUGGCUGAAACAGCCUGUGCCCACUGUCACCCACCUUAAGGGGGAGCUGGGACUGCAGAGCUGGCCUCCCUCCCCAGACACCUGCCCACACGGCUAGGGAAGCAACAGCCAUUUCUUGGCUCCAAGUCUGGCCUUGGGCAGGUGCUGGGCAGAGAGAACGGUUGGAGGGGUGCAACCACCCCGGGCCCUUCUUGUCACCACCAUGGCCUUAUUCUCCUCCCCUGCCCAGGCCUGCUGGUGGGUCUGGGUGAGGGGCAGCACCAGUGCAUGGCACGGGGCCCUAGGGUGGGUAGGGGGAAAGAUCUCUCCCCGGGGGCUGGCUCCCGGGCCAGGGGAGGUGAGCAUGACAGUGCACAUGUGAGGCUUUCCUGAGGGCAAGGCCCCAACAGCAGCCUGACAGGCCCCCUCCCCACUCCAGUGGGCAUGGCCAAAGCUACAGCCUUGAUCCCACCCCACCCAACAGACGAAGUCAAAUAAAUAAGUUGACUGACCG